AUGGCAAGCGGCUCCAUUCUCCAAGACCCAUCGUGCCAGGCACAGCAAAACCAAUCCAUCACCCUCGCCGAUGGCCGCAAGCUCGGCUUUGCGGAAUUCGGCUCCAUAAGUGACGAUGCCACUCCACUUUUUUAUCUUCAUGGUCUUCCCGGGUCGCGGCUCGAUGCCGCGUUAUUUCAUCCCGCAGCCUGCGAAGUGAACGUGCGUGUGAUGGGUAUCGAUCGUCCUGGAUUUGGUCUAUCAUCUUCACAGUCUAAUCGUAAGCUACUUGACUCGCCAGCCGAUGUUCGCGAACUGGCAAAGUAUCUCAAGCUGGAGCAGUACUAUGUCUUUGGCUUCUCGGGAGGUGGACUUUAUGCUCUUGCGUGUGCGUAUGCUUUACCAAAGACAGAGUUGCUUGGCGUUGGCGUUGCCUCUGGCAUGGGACCCUGGAGUUUGGGAACUUAUGGUAUGAAGGUGGAGAAUCGUGUGCUAUUCAACUGCAUUUGCUAUACACCAUGGCUUGCUCGUCGGUUGGUGGGCCUGGGGUUUGCGGAGUUUAUAAAGGGUACGGAUAUGGUUAAGAUGAAGGAGGUCUUGAUGAAGAACCUCGUCCCAGCCGAUCAGGAGUUCUGUCAGGUGCCUGAAAUCGAGAACAUCUUUCCUUUGUCUGUGGCAGAAGCCUUCAAGCAAGGUGCUGAUGCUAUGAUGGAGGAUGGACGAAUCGUGACAUCGGAUUGGGGAUUUGAACCCAAGGAUAUCCCAGCAAAGAAUACUCGCCUGUGGUACGGCACGGCAGAUGUAAACGUGCCUGUGACGAUGGGUCGCUAUUUGGAAGAACAGAUUCCUCAUGCUACUCUGAAGGAAUAUGAGGGGGAUACACACUUCAUGAUAAUGGGUCAUGUUAUUGACUUUUUGAAGGAUUUGGUAGCACCUGCGAGCACUUGA